CCGAGAUCCUAUGAUACCGCUCUUCGUCGCCUAGUACGAACUUUUCCGAAGCGGUGUCGACGAGAAUGGAUACAGAUCACAUCUCUUUGUCUCAGGCCUCGAGCUUAUCUGCCAAUGUUUCAACUCCCUUCUUCAUUGAAAAGCCUGCUUUUGCUCUGUUCUUGUACCUGCAUGUUCUCGUCUUCUUCAAGCGCUCAUACUAUUUCAGAACCAUUAGAGCUAGAGUUUUGGCUUGCAGCAGAUCGAGUGACUGCUGCUGACUGCCCCUAUCUCAGCCUGACUUCACCACAACCCCAAGAGUUGAGUCCAAGUUGAUUACGCGAAGGCUGGUGGUCAUGCUUCACAGUUUCCUUCUACUCUAUUCUAUUCGGCACAUUGGC